GCAACAAUGUCCUCAUCAGUACUGGGGAUGAUCAAGGAGGAGGUGACCUGUCCCAUCUGUCUAGAGCUUCUGAAAGAACCUGUGAGUGUCAAUUGUAACCACAUCUUCUGCCGAGCCUGCAUCACUCUGAACUAUGAGUCCAGCAAAGGCAAAGAAGGGGAGGGCAUCUGCCCUGUGUGCCGAGUUAGUUACCUGUUUGGAAAUCUGAGGCCUAUUCGACAUGUGGCCAACAUAGUGGAGAAGCUCAAGGAGUUCAAGUCCAGCCCAGAGGAGGAGCAGAAGGUGAAUGUCUGUGCAAAGCAUGGAGAGAAACUCCAGCUCUUCUGUGAAAAGGACAUGGUGGCCAUCUGCUGGCUUUGUGAGAGAUCUCAGAUUCACCGUGGACACCAAACAGCUCUCAUUGAAGAGGUGGCCAAUAAGUACAAGGGGAUGCUCCGGGCUGCCCUGAAGAUGCAGAUGUCUAACGAGAAAAGAUGUGACCAGUGGAAAGAGGACCUUCAAAAGGAGAGAACUUUCUGGAAGAACCAAAUACAGAGUGAGGUAGAAAACGUUCAGAAGGAGUUGAAAGGACUGCGGGAAUUCCUGGACUCCAAGGAGAAGAAUGAGGUGGAGAAGCUGAUGAAAGAGAAGGAAGGCAUUCUAGACAUCUUGGAAGGUUCUCAAAGGGAGCUGGAGAAGCAGAGGAAGUCAGUGAGAUACCUCAUCUCAGAUCUGGAGCAUCGGUUGCAGUGCUCAACCAUAGAGAUGCUGCAGGGUGUGAAUUGUGUUUUAAUAAGGAGUCAGAAUUUAAGACUGAAAGAGCCCGAAAUCAUCUGGAGAAAAGAGAGAAAGAUCUUCCGAGCUCCGGAUCUGAAGGGCAUGCUGCAAGUGUCUCAAGGGUUCCGGGAAGCCCAGCGCCACUGGGUUCACGUGACCCUGCAUCAACUCAACAAGAAAAACAUAGUCAUUAAUGUGGACAAAAGACAAAUACAACAUAGAAGUUGCUAUAGAAGAACUUUGCAAGUUUCUGAGUCCUAUGAUUUAGGUGUCCUGGGGUUUCCAGCUAUCUUCCUAGGGAAACAUUACUGGGAAGUAGAUGUGUCUAGAUGUGAUGCCUGGCUCCUGGGAAUAAAUGAUGGAAUAUGUGAGAAACCCAAGCUUCCUUCAAUGAAUCAACAGGGCGUCAAAGAUAAAUAUAAUUCUGAUGUUAACCAAGAUGUAAAUUAUCAGCCCAAAUGUGGCUACUGGGUUAUAGGGAUGACGGACAGGUCUGUGUAUAAUGCCUUUGAAGAGUGUUCUGUCACCCACAAUGCCAGUGUCUUGCUCCUCUCUCCGACUCCUCCUCCCACUUGUGUUGGAGUUUUCCUGGACCGAGAAGCUUGCACUCUCUCAUUUUAUGAUGUUUCCAACCAUGGAGCUCUCAUCUAUAGAUUCUAUGAACCGAACUUCCCUACUGCGGUUUUUCCGUAUUUUAAUCCUAUGGGAUGUUCAGAGCCAUUGACACUCUGUGGGCCACCCUCCUAA